AUGUAUAUGGAGGGGAAUACAACUUUAGCUGAUGCUACACAAGUGAUUGAUGACCCUAUGGAGACUAAUGAGAAUGAAAAAUCUGAAAAUAAAAAACCAGGGAAGUCAAAAGUGUGGAAUCAUUUCAAACUGCUAGAGAGGAAAAAAAGGUCAACUUCGCAAGGCGGAGUGCAAAUACUAUCACAAGAUUUAUCAAUGUGA